GUGCAACGUGCAGCAGCUGCAGCUCGCCGACUUCUGGGCCCGCACACGAUGCGACCGUCGAUCCCGCAGCAGCACCAGUUUGUGGUGCCGAGGCAGCAAAUAGGGAACGGUGGGGCCCCUAGGACUGCUGCUCCGUCGAAGGUCGGGCCAUUUGCAGCCAUACCUUCUGUCCCUGAGAACAACUCUAAUGACAGGGAGAAUAGUAGUGAAGAUAGUAUUGUGGUGAUCCAUGACCGAAAAGUUAGACUAUCAGAAGGCACUUCAGGCUCUCUGUAUGCUCUUUGCCGAUCUUGGGUCCGCAAUGGUCCGCCUCAAGUAAGUCAGUCAACUUUUGGGGAUAGUUUGAGGAUUCUCCCAAAACCCUUACCAGCAGCUCUGGUUAAUAUGCAAGCAAACACAAGUGAAGAUAGCAAUGGAAAUGACAAGUCUGAUAAAGAUGAGGAUUUAGGUCCAAUUGAGCAAUUAUCUGCACAGGACUUGUUAAAAGGUCACAUAAAACAUGCGAAAAAGGUUCGGGCACGGUUAAAUAAAGAACGGCAUUUAAGGAUAGAACGGUACAAACAGAGACUCUCCCUUCUGUUACCCACACAGAUUGAGCUUAUAGGUAGAAAUGAAGCUACCCCUGGAAGAUGAUUCUGGAUGUAAAAGAUGGAAUAUUGCCUUCUUAUGUUCACCUCAAUAUUAGAUGCCAGGAUCAUGUCCCAACGGUUCUUAGGCCACAAAAAUGCGAACAUAUGACUGGACAAAGCAGCUAAUUUGAGCCUGUUGAGUUACAUUCUGAUGAUUUGCUGCUAACUUGUGUUGGACAAAGCAGCUAAUUUGAGUCUGUUGAUUAGAGAUGUUAAA